UACAGGGAUGACCAGAGACUGCGGACACAGUACAGGGAUGACCAGAGACUGCGGACACAGUACAGGGAUGACCAGAGACUGCGGACACAGUACAGGGAUGACCAGAGACUGCGGACACAGUACAGGAGAUGACCAGAGACUGCGGACACAGUACAGGAGAUGACCAGAGACUGCGGACACAGUACAGGGAUGACCAGAGACUGCGGACAGUACAGGGAUGACCAGAGACUGCGGACAGUACAGGGAUGACCAGAGACUGCGGACAGUACAGGAGAUGACCAGAGACUGCGGACACAGUACAGG